AGGAAAAUAUAUUUAUCAAGCAACUCUCGUAGCAGGUUACCACCAAAAUGGCCGUAUCCAGUGCAGGACGUUCCGCCCUACGUACGAUGCUGGGAAGAUGGGCGUACAGUUUCUCAGGAUUCAAUCAGCUUGGCUUAAUGCAUGACGACUGCCUGCGAGAAACAGAUGAAGUGAAAGAAGCUGUCCGCAGGCUGCCGGAUCACGUGUACGACGAACGCAUGUUUCGCAUCAGCCGGGCGUUGUAUCUAAGUAUGAAGAAAGACAUUCUGCCGAAAGAAGAAUGGACGACAUAUGACAACGAUGUGAAGUACCUAAGGCCAUACUUGGAAGGGGUGAUACAAGAAAAUUCCGAGAAAUCCCUGUGGAACAGCAAGUAAUGUUUCUUCAGUGUAAUCACUGCAUUUUUACAUGUUAGCUAAUUCCUUUACUAGAGUUUCAACUGGUUAUGAGAUAGACUCUUGCAAAACUACAUGAUAAAAACCUAGGAAGUUAAAUCAGAAUAUUCCUUGAGUUGAAUAGCCACAACUUGUACAUUGCAUUUCCAAGUCAUUGUUAAAAUGAAAAGACAGCAUUAGUGCAUAGGUCUGCUAGCGAUUCAACAAUUAAUGUUACCGUGUGCUUUGUUAAAUCUAGUGAUGUAUUAUAUUUAAAUACAAUGAACACAAGUUGUAUUGGUUAUGUUAGGUUAUUGAUGAGAAAAUCUACAUUUUGGAAUUAAAAAAAUGGAUUUUCGUGAAACAAA